AUGUUUGACUUGCACACUAAUAAUGAGGUUGUUUCUCUUCCUGCUUGUUACACACAGACUUUUUUCAUUUAUAUUUAUGUUUCAGCUGAAAUAUCGAUUUUAACAGUCAUGGCUCAUGACAGGUAUAUAGCAAUAAAUUUCCCUUUACAUUAUGUAACUAUAAUUUCCAGUAGAAGAGUAAAAUUGCUCAUUUUUGGUUCAUGGAUGUACUCUAUAACUGUAAUGUCUGUGGGAAUAUCACUAGUUGCACGCCUGCCUUUAUGUGGUUAUGAAAUUAAUAGGGUGUAUUGCAGUAGCUGGGAAAUUGUUAAAUUAUCAUGCAUAGAUACUAAUACUAAUAAUAUUUAUGGAUUUUUGAUAAUUUGCUCCCAUUGCUUACCUUUAAUUUUCAUUAUAUAUUCCUACAUAAAAAUUCUUAGAGUAUGUUGGAAUAAUUCUAAGUCUCACAAGUUUAAAGCUUUUCAAACAUGUGUUCCACAUCUAGUAACAUUAUUAUUUUUUACAAGUUCGGUACUAUUUGAAGUAAUAGAGAGCAGACUUAAUUUAAAGAGAGCAUUAAACACAUUAACUUUGUUUGCUUCUCUGGAAUUUCUAACUCUACCCCCUCUUGUAAAUCCAUUAGUAUAUGGAAUAAUCUUACCUGAGAUACGGAAAAAAAUUGUUUAUGUAGUUUUCUGUAAAGAGGGAAAAAUGUCAGUUCACUAA